ACGCCGCUCCGGCGCGUCUAUAUGUACAACUGUGCGCCUGUCCGGGAUCAGGGGCAGCUCGGAAGCGGAGGCGAGAGGCAGCAGCGACAGCAGGCAGAGCAGAGCCGAACCUCGGACGUCACGCGCGCAGCCGACCAACGCGACAGCUAUUACUACAGUACCGCUACUACGACUGCAGCCAGCGCGCCGUGAACGCAGCGGAUCCACUUGGGGGGGGGGAGAGACUCCACAGUUUGUUCCACCCGCAGCGGAGAGGAGUGAGAAAGUUUUGGAGCGAUGCAGCCGUUGUACCAGCGCCUGAUCAGCCUGCUGUUGCUCCUCAGCAGCCUGCACGUCUUCCAGCUGACGGAGGGCUGCUCGUGCGCGCUGACGCACCCGCAGGACGCGUUCUGCAACUCCGAAAUAGUGAUCCGCGCCAAAGUGGUGGGCAAGAAGCUCCUGAGAGAUGGACCCUUUGGAACGCUGCGCUACACGGUCAAGCAAAUGAAGAUGUACAGAGGAUUUGACAAGGUCCAGCACGUGCAGCACAUUUACACAAGCGCCUCUGACAGUCUGUGUGGCGUCCGGUUUGACAUCAACAAGUAUCAGUACCUGAUCACAGGGCGGGUGUACAACGGCAAGGUCUACACUGGGCUGUGCAAUUUCAACGAGCAGUGGGAGCGCCUCUCGUUGGCCCAACGCAAAGGCAUCAACCAUCGGUAUCAGCUGGGCUGCGACUGCCGGAUUAAACCCUGCCACCACCUGCCCUGCUUGGUGACCUCCAAGAACGAGUGCCUUUGGACGGACAUGCUGUCCCACUUCGGCAACUCCGGCUACCAGUCCCGGCACUACGCCUGCAUCCAGCAGAAGGAGGGCUACUGCAGCUGGUACCGGGGAAUAACACACCGUGACAAAACCACAAUCAACACCACUGAACCCUGAAACCACCGAAACAAGCCUCCCUGGAACCCACCGCCAUCCCCCUGACUCCUCUACUUUUCCCUGAUUCUCGAGUUUUGCAGGACUUUUAAAGCUCAGUGGCCCGGGAUGACCAACCCUUUAAAAGGGGACACACACACACACACACGAAAAAUAAAAAGUAACUCCAUUGCAGUGCCUGUUUUGUAGCACUUCUACUAGAAAGCGUAAGACCUUUAUCCCUCAAGUUUCAAUAUAAAUGACCAUGUAAUCUCAAUCUCUAUUUUUUCUGCACUGAGGGAGAAUAACGAAGAUGCUGAACAGUACAACCAGCAAAAGUAGAAAUCAGCAGAAGCCAGUCAAUGUAUCUGUAGUGCCAAUGAGCAAGGUAUGAUUCUCAACAUCACGCUUCUUAUUACGGCUUCACGAAACUUUUUUUGAAAAUAUUAUGUGAAGUAAGUGACGACCCACCUCACUGUAUCGUUAUGGAUGAUAGUAGCUCUGCUUCCCACGGUCUUUUGUCGUGUGAGUUAUCUGCUGGUUGCAAUGCAAGCAGCACCCAUUCUGUUGAGCACCGAGCGGUUCUAACGAGGGGUGGAGGGGUUUGGGGAGGUAAUUUCUCGCAGACGAGAUUUGGCGAGAUUUUACAUUUUUUGCUGUAAAUAACAUAAGCUACAGAAAUCAACUCAGCUGAAACCUCUGCAAUACAAUUAUUUAUGUGUAGGAUAGAAACACACAGUAAAUUGUUUUCUCUCAGCAAAAGAAGAAAAGAUAAUAUAUAUACUUAUAUAUAACAGGCUAAAGCGACGUUGUAAUGCAGCCUGUCCAGAACAAAGGACCAGCAUCUGCAAGUUAAAUAUUAUGGUACGUUUAUGCUUGAUCGUAGUCUCCCCCUGACUGGUACUCUUCACCAACCCAGUGGAAAUAUACCAUAUAGAGGUUUCCGACACUGAGAUAUUGUAUAUUCAAUCUUUUUUGUAUUUAACUAUUUGAAAUGGAUAUAAAUUCAUUCUUCUUCACCUGUUCCCAUUUGGGGAAAGGGGGAAGGAGGCCAUAUCUUUUCCCCCAGUGCCGUACCUUCAGUCCAUUCCAUAAAUAAACCCAGGUUCGCCUCAAAGGAAGACCAGCUCCUUCAUAAGUAUAAGAGCUACUGCAGUGACUUCCUUCUGUUUAUUUAUUUAUUUUUUUAAGAAUCAGACCAGCAGAUUAGAAUAUAUAUUGAAUAAUAAGCUAUUUUUUUACCAUUGGGAACAAUUGGCUUCAUAAUCCAGUUACUAAGCUGCAAUAAAGACAGCCUUUUCCCAACAAGAAAGAAUAUUAAGUUUAUUUCCUUAAAGGCCUUUAUAGUCAUGCACAUCCAUUCCUCCUUCCUGAAACAUUUUACAGGGAAAGGAUGUUAUUUUAUAAGGCUGUUCUUCCUUUGUGGCAUGCCUAUGUCACUAUUUCUGUGUAUAUUGUGCGUGAAAUGUACCGUCUGCUUAACACAGAAAUACUUGGUCAAGUGUGAUCCUUUAAAAGAAGGAUCGAAACUAUCCAGUCAAAGGAAGUGGUGUACAGUCUGUGGGUGCACGUGGACCCCCGAAGUGUGAGAAGGGGUUGUUUUCUUGUAGGGGUUCUAGAAAUGUUUGACUUAAUUUCUGUGUUUUAUAUUUUUAUAAUAAAGAUUUAAUAAAAACCAGA